AUGGCUUGCACUGGAGCUGUCAGCGCCCGCCGGUGCGCUCAGGCCAUCUGCCUCCGCCGCGAGCUCCUCCAUGCAGCCAUCCCUUCGGGAAUUGCCUGUCCAGCCGUAGCCUUCAAUCUGCUGACCACCUGCGACUUCAAAGCUUCCAUCUUUGUGGCCUUGAUCUGUGUCUUCGUCUGCACAUUCGCCCCUCAGCUCUUCCUCGAUCCUUGCUCACAGGCUGAACCUGUAACGCUCGAUAAAAUCUCGCUAUUGACCAAGAUGGCUCCCUCUGUGUCCGACGUGCGGCCCAGCGCCACUUCUGCACCGGUCAGCAAGCUUGCUCAGACCACCCCGGACGACAAGACGACCGAAGACCCGCGCGACGACAACCUCCGUCGCGCCAUUGCAUCUCACACUUUUGGCGGUGCUGCCAACCUGCGAGACGUCUUUACCAACCAAGCACCCGGCAUGGCCCUUGCGCAGUCGUAUUCGUGCCCGGCAUCCCAAAAGAACUCUGCUCUGGCACGUCCCCAAGCUGCAUGUCGGAAGCAAACAUUUGCGCCGACGGUCGGAAGUUGGCUCGGAGGCGGGCCCAACAAGGGCGCGCUUUUCGAGGUUAUCUCUCCCCUCUUUCUCGAGGCUCGAGAUGAGCCGGCUAGCUCUUCCGCUUUACCGGCUUGCCUCUUGCUAUCCACCCACACCAUCCUUGUUCAUAGAAUGCUUUCGUCGCCAUCUCGUUCCCUAAGUCGUGGCCUGCGCCGCGCCGCGGCCCAGCGCAGUCAUGCCGAGGCCAGAGGGGGCCCAUCCGUACCGCGACCGACAGCAUCGACCUCGUACCGUUCCACGUCCCCAAGACGCUCGUCUCCGGCUUCCGCAGUCUCGUUCUCCACGUCACCAUCUCGCUCAGAUCGUCUCGCUGACCAUCGCAUCAUCUCGGAUCCGUUCCCAAAUCAAGACACCGGCUUUUCCUACGAGAAGCGCGACCAGCUGGGCCUGCGCGGCCUCCUUCCUCCGGCCAAGCAGAGCCUCAAUACCCAGGUCCUCCGCGUUCUGCACCAGCUCCGCAGCAAGUCCACACCGCUCGAGAAGCACGUGAUGCUCGCCUCGCUGCGACAGACCAACACUCGUCUCUAUUACGCCACCAUCCUGGCCAACAAGGAGGAGAUCCUCCCUCUCAUCUACACGCCCACCGUCGGAGAGGCGUGCCAGAAGUUUUCGCACAUCUACCGCCGUCCCGAGGGCCUGUCGAUCUCGCUCGAGGACAAGGGCAAGAUCGCCAGCAUUGUCGAGAACUGGCCCGUGCCUGCGGGUGCGCCGCGCAUUGCUGUCGUCACCGACGGCUCGCGCAUCCUCGGUCUCGGCGACCUCGGAUGGAACGGCCAGGGCAUCUCGAUCGGCAAGCUCUCGCUCUACGUCGCCGGUGCCGGUAUCCAUCCAAGAGCCACCCUGCCCAUCGUGGUCGACCUCGGCACGAACAACAAGAAGAUGCUCGAGGACCCGCUCUACCUCGGCCUGCGCCGCGAGCGCGCUUCGACCGAGGAGUACAUCGAGUUCAUGGACGAGGUCAUGGAUGCCCUUCACACCAAGUACCCCAACCUCAUCAUCCAGUUCGAGGACUUCACGUCCGAGAACGCCUUCCGCUUCCUUGAGCGCUACCAGGACAAGUACCCCAUGUUCAACGACGACAUCCAGGGUACUGGUAGCGUCAUUCUCGCCGGUUUCACCAACGCCGCGCGCAUUGCAUCCAAGGAGAGCGGCCGUCCUCUGCACGACCACUGCAUCCUGAUGGCUGGCGCCGGCUCGGCUGCCGUCGGCGUGGGCAAGCAGCUCAUGUCGUUCUUUACGCGCCAGGGCCUGUCCGAGGACGAGGCGCGCUCGCGCAUCUACAUCACCGACUCCAAGGGUCUGGUGACUGCCGACCGCGGCGACAAGCUGCCGGAGCACAAGGUCUUCUUCGCGCGCGACGACAACGCGGGCAGGCAGAUCAAGGACCUCGCCGAGAUUAUCGACUAUGUCAAGCCGACGGCGAUCCUGGGUCUGUCGACGGUCAAGGGCACGUUUGACGAGACGGUGAUCCGCAAGAUGGCUACGCUCAACAAGAGGCCCAUCAUCUUCCCGCUGUCGAACCCGACGGACAACUCGGAGUGCACGUUCGAGGAGGCGGUCAAGUUCACCGAAGGCCGCGUGCUGUUUGCUGCCGGCUCGCCGUUCCCCGAGAUUGAGGCGGGCCAGUCGCCGACGGGCAAGCGCAUGAUUCCGGGCCAGGGCAACAACUUCCUGGUCUUCCCCGGUAUCGGUCUGUGCGCUGCCCUGUGCAAGGCAUCGCGCGUGACCAACGAGAUGAUCACCGAGUCGGCGCUCGCGCUCUCGGAUGCGCUCAACGACGAGGAGCGUGCCGAGGGCAGACUGUACCCGAACACGGAGCGCAUCCGUGAGAUCUCGCGCGACAUUGCCGUGCGCUGCAUCCAGAUGGCCAACAAGCAGGGCGUCACGCGCGACAACGGCAAGACCGCCGCCAUGGACGAGGAGCAGCUCCGCGACUGGGUCCAGGGCGAGAUGUGGACCCCCGUCUACGGCACCCACGAAGACGCCUAG